AUGGCCGAUACUCACACUGUAGCAGUGAAACGCUCAGCAGGUGAACCACAACCUACUUUCAGCAAGACGAAUGAUGACAAACAGUCCAGUCUAUGUACUAAUUGCCAGGCAAUUUUCGAGGGCGAAUUGGUUCUCGGGAGUAGGGAAAGGCAGGAUGGGGAAGACGAUAAAUCCAGCUAUUCUGGAACCUACAAGCUCUAUGGUUCAGGUGACCCUACGAUCAGUCAAGGCUGUCAUCUUUGCUUCUUGCGAGACCGAAAACGUAUCAGAGAUGGCUUUGAGUUCCCAUCUGAACUAGUUCUGAGAUACCUCAUUGUUCCAGGGAAAACGCGGGGGGACUUCUUUUCCCUCGUCUUCUCGUAUAGCUUCAUGCCACCAGAGGAGGAAAUAUUGGACUCUGCAGAGGUCGUUGUCAGCCAUGAGCUGAGCUUGUCGCAGGUGUACAAGGGAGAACCGAUUGUUCCGGUCGAGGCACCAGGUUUCAUGGAGAGCGCAAUGGAGCAUCCAGUUGUGACGGCGAGCAACCUAAAGUACAGCCAGUUUCCUCCAUGUCAAAUCGAGACGGAAGAAGACUCGACAACCUUCCACCGGAGGCAGACGCUUAUAGAUCCCGAGUUUUUGGAAACAUACCAGUCAAUGGUCCAAUCAGAUCCUGUAUUCGACGGCUGGUCGGUCAAUACAAACUCUUCAUCCACCUGGGCAAUCGCUCGAUGCUGGAUCAAAAACUGCGUUGAACGGCACGAUAUGUGUCAGUUGACCAAGAGUCUAGGAGCACAGCAUCCGAUGAGGCUCGUGUACGUAGGUGAAGGCCGAAAUAUUCCUCCCCGAAUUGUUGAAGGGAGUACGCUCCCAGAGCAUACAUGUUACACAACUCUUUCGCACCGUUGGGGAACGGAAAAGUUUCUUUCAUUGAAGUCUUCCAACCUAGAGGCCUUCCAAAAGAGACUACCAGAUGCGGCACUGACUCCCACUUUCGUCGACGCUAUGCAUGCGACCCGUUGCUUGGGGUACCAAUACAUCUGGAUUGACAGCCUUUGCAUCAUCCAAGACUCUGUUGACGAUUGGUCCAAGGAGUCCCAGAAGAUGGGAGUAUAUUAUUCGAACUCGAUUUGCAACCUCGCCGCGUCCAAGGCAUCCAAUGGCGGUGGUGGAUUAUUUGCAGCCAGAGAUCCCUUCGCGGCGCAAUCAUGCAUCGUAAAGGAGACCUGGAAGAACACAAGCCCACAGUUCACAUUCCAUGUGCACGACAUGAUGACCCAGUUUGGGGAGAACGUGUACGGCUGUGAGCUGGGAGAGCGCGGAUGGGUUUUCCAGGAAACUCUUCUGGCGCCACGAGUGCUGUAUUUUGGGUCGGACCAGAUAUACUGGGAUUGUCUCUGCCUUCGUGCCUGCGAAGCCUGUCCAACUCAGUGGAUCGGGCUCUCGUACAAGAACAAGAUCGGCCAGAUGCCAACGUACAUGCUUUCGGAAAACUGCGAGACGAACCGCCUCUCCGACGUGCUUCGAUGGGAGUCGGUCGUAGAAGAGUACUCUAGCUGCGAUUUGACCUAUCCAGAAAAAGACAGGUUGGUCGCUCUGUCCGGGAUAGGGAGAGCAUUUGGAAAUCCCGCCGACUACUUCGCUGGUCUCUGGCGCGACGACAUCGCCAAACAUCUCCUGUGGAGGCCAGGCCAGCAUGUUAAGAGACAUGCGGCCUACAUUGGCCCGUCGUGGUCAUGGGCAUCUAUGAAUGGCUCUGUCACAUAUGGUGACAUUUGGGAUGACCAUGAUUUGGACGAACAAGCAAAGCUCUCCUAUGCCGGGGGGUUGAUACGGGGCAGACUCUGGACCGCCAAGAGGGGGAUCAGAGAUUUUCUAGUCGGUGCCAACCUCUACCGCGUCCGCAGCAUCUGCACACCUUUUGUGUCUUUUGCUGGAGCACAGAUGCAGUUUGCGGGAGAGGACAUGAUGGGUCGCGUCACAGGUGGCUGCCUCCGCUUGAAGGGAUUCCCUUUCCGCCUCAGUGCCACCAAAAGACGUGUCUCAUAUAGGUUUGAACUCAUCUGGGAUGAGGAGAACACCAAAUUGCCUCCAAUAGAAUCCCUCUUCUUCUUGCCGCUGAGAACACAGAGCAAGACUACGCUAUCUGGUCUGAUACUUGAGCCAACAAACAAAGACCCGGGCGAGUACCGAAGGAUUGGGUUUUUCAAUGCCCGAGAUAUAAACAUGAAGUUACAAAUGGAAUCACUGAAGAUUUUACACAAACUCAGGCACAGACUACUCCCGCUGAAGGAUGGGGACUAUAUAGAAAAGACAGGUACAAAGAAGGACGGUAUAGACGAGAGUAUUAUCUCGAUCAUAUGA